AUGGAAGCUAACAUUUCGGAUGACAAACUGAAGUACUACCAAUUCCCAGGUUACACCCUGUACAAUCUUCCUAACCACCGGCAAGUUGCAAGUGGAAUUCUAACUGGAGUAAAAGAAGGCCUCGCCUCACUCUACGAUCUAAUCAAGGGUAUGGGCUCGACACAUGACAAAUGUGAAAUAAUCAGAUUAAAUGUUUGGAAGAGACUNGUAGUCUGGAAAGAGAAGCUAAUUCUAAAAUUGGCAAAGAUUGGUAUUAAGCAUAACAAGCUAAACUGGAUAAAAGCAUUCUUUGGACAAAGAUCGUGUAAAGUCAGAUACGGAAAUGCUCUAUCAAAAUCCAAUCGUUUACAAACAGGUCUUGCACAGGGAGCUGUCACAAGCUGCACUCUUUUCAAUGUCUUCAUCAAUGACCUAGCCGAAUUGGUACAGACAGUCACAGGCAUCAAGUGCUUACGUUAUGCAGAUGAUCUUAUUCUAUGGUAUUCCGACCCUAAGAAAAAUGCUCAGGAGAGGACAGAAACUGCCAAAACUAAGAAAAAUGCUCAGGAGAGGACAGAAACUGCCAUAAAUUGUGCACUUAAACUACUAGCACACUGGUGCGACAACAAUGGAAUGGUAAUUAACACUCCAAAAACUGCAUUCGAAACAUUUUCUUUGGCCCAUCACGGCAUAAACCCGCUUUUAAGGUACAAGGAUACUACCAUAGAAAAAACCAAUGAGUUCACUUAUCUCGGAAUGACGAUUGACACAAAGCUAACGUGGAAAAGUCACAUUGCUAAAAUAGCAGAACGAGUCUCUAAUAGACUGAAUGUCCUGAUGUGUCUUGCUGGUAGCGUAUGGGGCUGUGCGCGCUCAACUCUCAACACCACUUACAAGAUGUUUAUUCAGCCAAUAAUGUUGUAUUGCUGUGAGCCACUCAUUACAGCCACAGAGGUGACUCUCAAACCACUCGAGAAGGUUCACAACCAAGCAUCACGACUAAUUACUGGAGGGAUACAAUCAACACCCAUUGAUGCAAUGCCCCUAGUUACGGUAAGCACCACAAUAGAUUCCCUUAUCAAAGAAAAGGCCUUGAUCCUAUAUAAGAAGCUACUGCGCAUUCCCAUGGACAAGUUCUUCAGCACCUAUGAGAAUAAACCAAAACAUCUGAAAACGCAAUCUGGUCUAAUACAGAAAGCCAUAGAACUGAAGAAAGNUGUCUUGCUGCCACUCAUUACAGCCACAGAGGUGACUCUCAAACCACUCGAGAAGGCACACAACCAAGCAAUACGACUAAUUACUGGAGGGAUAAAAUCAACACCCAUUGAUGCAAUGCUCCUAGUUACAGGAAGCACCACAAUAGGUUCCCUUAUCAAAGAAAAGGCCUUGGUCCUGUAUGAAAAGCUACUGCGCAUUCCCAUGGACAAGUUCUUCAGCACCUAUGAGAAUAAACCAAAACAUCUGAAAACGCAAUCUGGUCUAAUACAGAAAGCCACAGAACUGAAGAAAGCGUUACAAAUCUAUGAUAAACCAAAAAGCCUCUCUCUCCCCAUGAACCCAUUAGCAGACAUUGAUGUAGUGUGUUGCACCCAACCGCUCGACUUCUUCUGGAAAUCAAACACUCCUCCAGAGCAAAUGCGCUCACUGGCCCUUGAGAUCAAUGGCUCCAAGUCUUCACUGAUGUGUGUCUAUUCUGAACUCUUCUCUUUCUACGCAACAGCGGGACAUAAUAGAUCCGCUUUUGAAGGAGAAAUAGUGGCUAUUGGGAUAGCACUAUGCCAAUUAUGUUGCCUUUAUACGAAAUUCACCAAAGUGGUGAUACUUUCGGACCCACCGUCAGCAAUAGACUCUAUUGGAGACAGAGAGCCACCCAAAACAGCUGAGAUAAAGGAAUGUAGAAAACUCUAUCAGCUGCUGAGAGAGAAAAACAAAACAGUGGUCCUACAAUGGAUUCCUGGUCACUGUGGCAUUAAAGGCAAUGAGCUUGCUGACACACUUGCUAAGAAGGGGACAACGAUUUUGCAAUGCAUAGACCGGCCGAUGUCUUUCCACACAAUGAAGGCCUUAAUCAGGAGAGAAUUCCAGACCUCACGGUUCAACGAACUCAAAGCUCGAACAAAGGGGAAACAGUGGACAGUGGCACUCUCCGACAUACCCGACUGGCCAAGAAUCGAAGCCGUUGUUGAGUUCACACUACGUACCGGACACGAUUGCUUGGCAAAACACCUUCACAGAUUGCGAGUAUACACUCAACCCACAUGCCCUCUAUGUAACCUACAUGAGGAAAUGGAGAAGACCCACCUGAUUCGGUGUCCAGCCCUAAAGACAAUGACGGAAAGCCAGAGAUACUGGGAAGCAAGAAGACAGCUAAUGAAUUACUAUUAA